AUGGAAAAGGACAUCGCUGAGACCAGGGAAAAGUCCCCCGCAGACGACUAUUCCAAACACUCUGCGUCCGUUCAGCAACUCGACACCGUCGGCAGCAAUGCCUAUGCAAAGCUCGUCAAUCCGCUCCAGGGCAUCCCCCACGACGAGCUCAUGGAGAACGCCGCAAACUUCGCCAAGACUUACGGGCUCGAACACCUGACGGCCGAAUUCCAGAAAGGUGCACUCGUAGCUCAGGACCCUGGCGCUUUCGAGACCCUGCCGCAGCUCACGGAGGACGACAAGGCCACCCUCCGACGCGAGAUCACCCACCGCUGGCAUCAGCCUGCGCAGCUCUACUAUCUCGUCAUCAUGUGCUCAUUGGCUGCUGCGGUCCAGGGUAUGGACGAGGCUGUCAUUAACGGCGCCAGCCUCUUCUUCCCGGUCCAGUUCGGUAUCGACCCCAACGCGACGGACGGCAGUGCCGGCCGCAAUCAGUGGCUGCAGGGUCUCGUGGUCUCUGCACCCUACCUGGUGUGCGGUCUCAUCUCAUGCUGGCUCACGCACCCGCUGAACCAGUGGCUCGGCCGUCGCGGCACCAUCUUCGUGACCGCAUUCCUCUCGUUUGUCACUUGUAUCUGGCAGGGCGUUACCAACUCAUGGCAGCAUCUCUUCGUCGCACGUCUGAUCCUCGGUUUUGGCAUCGGCCCCAAAUCAACCACGGUUCCAAUCUAUGCGGCGGAGUGUGCUCCUGCUGUUAUUCGUGGAGCAAUGGUCAUGAUGUGGCAGAUGUGGACGGCCUUCGGCAUCAUGUUUGGAGAUCUUGUGGACGUUGCGUUCUAUCAUGUGAAAGAUACGAAGCACAUCAAGGGUCUCAACUGGCGUCUUAUGCUCGCCAGCGCCGGCAUACCCGCGCUCAUAGUCAUGAGCCAAGUCUUCUUCUGCCCCGAAUCGCCGCGUUGGCUGAUGUCCAAGGGCCGCUACGACAAGGCAUACGCCUCGCUCGUGCGCACGCGCAACACGCCCCUCCAGGCCGCACGCGACUUGUACUACAUCCACACCCUGCUCGAGGCCGAGAAGGCGUUUGAGACAGGUCAGAGCGGCUUUGUCCAGCUGUUCACCGUCCCACGCAACCGCCGUGCGGCGCUCGCGUCCGUCACCGUCAUGUUCAUGCAGCAGUUCUGCGGCGUGAACGUCAUCGCGUACUACUCGUCCAACGUCUUCUCCCAGUCCGGUUUCAGCGUCUUCCAGUCGCUCCUCGCCUCCUUCGGCUUCGGCCUCAUCAACUGGAUCUUCGCGUUCCCGGCCGUGUGGACGAUCGACACGUUCGGCCGCCGCAACCUGCUGCUCACGACGUUCCCGCUCAUGUCCAUCUUCCUGCUCAUGACCGGCUUCGCGUUCUGGAUCCCGACGGGGAAGGCCCGGCUCGGUGUCGUCGCGCUCGGCAUCUACCUCUUCGGCAUGGCGUACUCGCCCGGCGAGGGCCCCGUGCCGUUCACCUACUCCGCCGAGGCGUACCCGCUCUCCGUGCGCGACAUCGGCAUGUCGCUCUCGACGUCGGUCCUCUGGUUCUUCAACUUUGUCGUGGCGAUCACCUUCCCGCGGCUGCUCGGCGCGUUCAAGCCGCAGGGCGCGUUCGGGUGGUACGCGGCGUGGAACGCGAUCGGGUUCGUGCUCAUCCUGCUCUUCGUGCCCGAGACGAAGGCGCUCUCGCUCGAGGAGCUCGACCAGGUGUUCAGCGUGCCGACGCACGUUCACGCGACAUACCAGCUCCGCGCGCUCCCGCGCAACAUCAAGCGCUACAUCUUCCGCAUGAAGAGCGUCAAGCCCCUGCCGCCGCUGUACGGGCACGAAAACCCGGGCGAGAAACACUACGCGCCCGCCGCGUCGGGACACGCAUAG